AUGGAGGCCUUAUUCUUCAAUGUCGACAGCGGAUUCUUGGAGGGCGUGAUCCGCGGGUACAAGGCCGGGAUCCUCACUUCGGGCCAGUACGCCAACUUGUGCCAGUGCGAGACGCUCGAGGACCUGAGGACACAACUGUCCGCGACGGACUACGGCAACUUCCUCGCCAACGAGCCGACACCGUUGUCCACGAGCACCAUCGCCGACAAAGCGACCUCCCUGCUCGUCGACCAGUUCAAAUAUAUCCGCUCCUGCGCCGUCGAGCCGCUAUCAAAGUUCCUGGACUACAUCACCUACGGCUACAUGAUCGACAACGUCGUCCUGCUCAUCACCGGCACCCUCCACGAACGCGACACCCACGAGUUAUUGGAGCGUUGCCAUCCCUUAGGCUGGUUCGAGACCAUGCCCGCGCUCUGCGUCGCGACGAACGUCGAAGAGCUCUACGCGACGGUGCUCGUCGAAACACCGCUCGCGCCCUACUUCCGCGACUGCCUCUCCGCCUCCGACCUCGACGACCUGAACAUCGAGAUCAUCCGCAACGCGCUCUACAAGGCCUACCUCGAAGACUUCCACGCCUUCGUGUCCUCCCUCGGCGGGCCCACGGCCGACGUCAUGACGCGCAUCCUCGCCUUCGAGGCCGACAGGCGGUCCAUCAACAUCGCGCUCAACUCGCUCGGCACCGAGCUCGGCAAGGAGCAGCGCGCGCGGCUGUUCCCCAGCAUCGGGCGGCUGUACCCCGAGGGCAACAACCAGCUCGCGCGCGCGGACGAGGCGGAGCAGGUGCGCGCGGCGUGCGAGGGCGUCGUGGAGUACCGCUCGUUCUUCGACGGCUCGUCGCACCGCGCGGGCGACGCGGGCGACGACCCGACGUCGGGGCUCGAGGACAAGUUCUUCGUCACGGAGGUCGCGCUGAACAAGCUCGCGUUUCUGCAGCAGUUCCAGUACGGCGUGUUUUACGCGUAUUUUAAGUUGAAGGAGCAGGAGAUCAGGAACGUGACGUGGAUCGCGGAGUGUAUUGCGCAGGAGGCGAGGGACAGGAUUCAGGAUUUCAUCACUAUCUUUUAG